AGUCUGAGACACUGUGCUAUAACGCAAGAUUUGUGUCUGCUGAUUUUAAUUGUUUUUUCUAAGAUAGAAAUGAAUUAGUGAAGAUUUUCCACAAAAUAAUUACGUAGUUAAGUAUUACGCGGUAAACUCACAGUAAAACGUAUGGUGUAAUUUACGUUUUGUGACCUUUGGUUAUAAUAGUUUUGUGAACAGUUAUUUUGAUACAAACAUUUAUUAAAGUGAUUAAUAAUAGUAAUCAUGAGGAAUCUAACUGUGAACACGCAAAAAACAUGUCUGUUUACGGACACGGAAGCUUUGAGUCAAGAGUUUAAGUGCUGUUACGACGAUGAUAAUGAUGUCUAUUAUCUCAUGCAGCCAGAAGAAAAACGUAUCAUUGCCAUCAGUGGAGUUGACAAUAGAAUUCUUCUGGAUGAUAGAUUAUCAUUGAGAAAUAAUCUGGCUGUACCUGUGGGGAUUACUUACAGUAGCAUCCAAGAUGAGCUUUAUGUUGCCUUUGAUGCUGGAUUUGUCAUUGAAGUCAAGAAAAUAUCAUCCAAUGAGAUGAGAUAUGCAGAAAUCGAUGAUUACAAAAAGGGUCUGUUCAGCAUUAAUAUGAGUCCAGAUCAUGAAAUUGUUGUACUAGUGACAAGAGAGUAUGAAGUUAUAACAUUGAAUGCAGAUUAUAAACAAUUAAAUAAAGUAAGCUUGAAAACAGAAGAAUUCGGUGAAAAACAAUUUAUUACUGUUGGUUGGGGUAGUAAAGGAACACAGUUUCAUGGUUCUGAAGGCAAAGCAGCUAGAAAUGUAUCAUCUGUUCAAGGCAGAACCGAACUUGAUGACUGCAUGCCAAGAAUUACUUGGAAAGGUGAUGGUACAAUGUUUGCUGUAAGUUACAUUGAUUUAGAAUCACAGGCUAGAAGGUUUAGAGUAUUUAGUAGGGAAGGAACUUUAUAUUACACUAGUGAGUUAGUUCAAGGUUUAGAAGCUUGUUUAUCCUGGAAACCAUCUGGAAACUUGAUUGCUGGUACUCGAAAGCUUCCUAAUAAACAUACAGUUGCUUUAUUUGAAAAAAAUGGUCUUAUGCACAGAGAAUUUGUAUUACCUUUUGGUGGUCAAAAGAUCUUGAUAAUGGAUCUUAUUUGGUCAAGAGAUUCUGAUAUAUUAGCCAUUUUACAUAAAGAUGUUAAUAGUAAUCUCACUAGUAUACAUUUGUGGGCUGAAAAAAAUUACCACUGGUACUUGAAGCAAACAAUUUUUUAUCCUCCUGAUAAUCCAAUUUUAUUUGCUACUUGGGGUCAACAACAUGGCAAAGACUUAUUAGUUUUAUCAGCUAAGAGCACUUCUACUUACACUUUCCGUUGGAAAAUUGAUCAUAGUCGUGGAUUGACUGCUGAUGAUGGUGCAGUAGUUAGUGUAAUUAAUGGAUCAAAUGUACAUAUGACUUGUUUUAAAGAUGGUAUUGUACCACCUCCAAUGGCUCAACAAAUAUUGGAGUUUGCGGGUCCUGUUAAUGCCUUAUCAUUCGCACCUCCUGGAUGUGAACUGAAUACUAAUGAAUUCUUAGUUCUCUUGAGUAACAAUAAAUUAUAUAAAUUUGAAUCAGCAAAAGAUGAAGGAAAACUGGUUUAUAAAACAAAUUCAAGUUAUAUCAUUAAUUUGCCGUUAGAAGAACCUGAAAAAUAUUCAUUGAAUUUAAUAAAUCAUUUGCUUUGGUAUACACCCAAAUUAGUUUUGUGCUCAUUAGCUACAGGCUUAAAGAGCUCUUUGUGCAAAAUCGAAUUAAGCAAUAUUGAAAAUUUGGAUAAAAUCUUGAUAGAUCUCACGAUCAUUAAAGAAAUGCCAGGUCAAAUCCAGCAUAUUCUCACAUCAAGUGCCACAGGUGAUGCCUACAUAGUUUGUGACAAUAAAUUAUACACAUACAGUGUAGUGAGUGGAUUAGAAAAAUCUUCUCUCUAUUUGGGAGAUGAACCACCUGUAAAACUAGAAUUUGUACAAUUUGGUUCAAGAGAAGUAAUUGUAAAUUUAUCGCGUAAACAUGUGCUUUACGUCGGUGGUAAGCAGGUUGCCAAUAAUGUAACCAGCUUCCAUGUACAUUCAGAAUUUUUCUUGAUCACUACUCUACAACACACUUUGAUUGCAUUCAGGUUGGAUGAAGAUGGUUUGAUGCAGUUAGAAAAUAAAGAUUUAACUAUUCAGCCAUGGACAAUGGAAGAUAGUAAAGCUCAAAGAAUUCAAGAAUUGAGUAUUCGUCGUGUCGAGCGGGGAUCAACACUUGUGACGGUGCUACCAAAAGAUUGCAAAGUUAUUCUUCAAAUGCCCCGAGGUAAUUUGGAGUGCAUCCAGCCACGUGCUUUAUCCCUCGUCAUAAUCGGUACAUACAUCGACAACUUAGAGUUUUUAUCAGCAUUCGACUUAAUGCGUAAGCAACGCAUUGAUCUGAAUUUACUUUACGAUCAUUCGCCUGAUACCUUCAUGAACAAUGCCGAAAAAUUUGUCAGUGACGUGAAGAAGUCAAGCUGGUUAAGUCUGUUUUUAUCAGAAUUAAGAGAUGAGAAUGUCACUAAGACUGCUUACAAAAGUAGCUACAUGGGUAAAAAUUCUGUAACAAAUGAUUCGAGAGUCAACAAAGUCGAAGAAGUUUGCACUAGAUUGCGAGAAAUCAUGGAAAAAAAUUCAAGCGCCUAUCUGCAGCCAAUAUUAAUUAGCUUGGUGAAAAACCAAAAGCGAUCCGGCCUGGAGGCGGCUCUGCGCAAAGUCAGAGAAAUUAUGGACAUGGCUAAAGUUGAAGAACUAAAAAUCGAGUUAAAAUCGGAUCCACCGUCUCCGAAAUUUGACACGGAGGGCCGAGUUGUCAUGGACUCUGAAGUCCCCCAACUCAGUGAUAAAGAAUUGACCGACGAACUCGGUCGACAGGUCGACAUAAACGGCAUGAUUGACGAAGAGGAAGGCAUACCACUGGAAAAAGAGUUCGAACCUAUAGAAUUAGUCGUUACGCCGACCCAAGACAACAUAACACCAGCCGACGAGGCAAUGAAAUAUUUAAUGUACAUGGUCAAUGUUAAUACGUUGUACGACGUAGCACUAGGCAUGUACGACUUUGACUUGGUAACUCUGAUUGCUGAAAAAGCUCAAAAAGAUCCGAAAGAGUAUGUUCCAUUUUUGAACGAUCUCGCUCAGCUGGACGAUCAUUAUAUGAAAUUUUCAAUUGAUAAAUAUCUUAAGCGUUACAGCUCUGCCUUGGAUCACAUAGCUAAAUUGCCAGAAAAAUUCGAUGAGUGCUUGAAAUUCAUCGACACACAUAAACUUUUCGCCAAAGCUAUGCGAUUAUUCAACAAACAACCCGAGGCAUACAAACAGAUAGCUGGACUUUACGGUGAAUAUCUCAUAUCUAAAAAUAAUGAAAAAGAGGCGGGUAUCAUGUUCACAAAGGCUGGUCUCUACAGCGAAGCUUUGCAGGCCUUCAAGCGCGGUGGAUGCGUCAAAGAAGCGAUUGUCACAGCUGCCCAUAAGCUCAACAUGGGUCUCCGGGAACAGAUAUACCUUUACGAAGAAUUGGUUUACGAGUUGAAGGAGCAAAAGAGAUACCAAGAAGCCGCGGAAGUACUACGGAAGCACUUGAACAGGCCAGAAGACGCUGUAGUAGCACUUUGUGACGGCAGAUUUUUCGAUGCUGCCUGGUCGGAUGCACAUCACAUGAAGCGUCUGGAUCUUAUAGAAACCCACGUGAAACCUGGCAUAUAUAGACACACCGAAUUCUUAUUGGAACAAUUGGCCAAGAAUCACGCGGAAUUUUUGAAGUACAAGACGCGCUUGGCUGUCGUACGCGAGGAAGCAGCCAACCGAGCCGCGGCUCGAUUGAAUUUUGACGACGGCGAUGAAAUGGAAGGAAACAACGGCUUGAGCGAUCUGUUGAGUGACACAACGAGCAUAGCAGGCUCGACGGUCUCGAGAAGUUCGAGAUCCAGCGGCAGAAGCUACAGAUCGAGCAAAAAUCGCAGAAAGCACGAAAGAAAGAUGCAAAGCGUCAAGGAGGGUAGUGCUUAUGAAGAUCUGGCCUUGAUAAGGGCACUGCAUGGAUUAGUUACGCAAACUUAUGCAAUGAGAGCUGAAAUACGAUCACUCGGAGAAAUGUUACUUUUGAUCGACGGGGAUGAGUCAGCUGCCAACUUAUACAAAGCAAUGGUAGCAUUCCUGAAGGACAUUAAUAGCAGUAAACAGGAAAUAUGGCCUCCAAAUGCAGAGAAAAUUCCCGAACCAGUAACUGCCGAUCCGAACAUGCCAACUUUCACAUUAGAGCCCCAUUUACUAACAGCACCAGUUGAAAUGCCUAUCAAAUGGAGAAUGGAUAUGUUUGAAGAGGGAGACGACAAUAAGCACGUUACAGACAAAUAGAUAGAUUAUUGUUACUUCUUGUCCAAAGAGCGACGAUAGUGAAAUGUCAAGUAGAUUAAUUGUAUAAUUUUUUUACUAUUUAUUAGUUAUCUAG